AUGGUGCAGCCCUCUCUCCUUCUCCUCCUCACUCCACUCGCCCUCAUAAUACCUCUCCUCCGUCCACUCCUCGGACGGCCCCAAGAACAUGCUCCCCCACUGCGGGAAGUGGACCAGCGCCACAGGCAGCGUCCCUGCCACCGCCAUCAACCCCAUGUAAGUCAGCCCGUCACCUGCGGAGAAUCGGGUGGACGAGAAGAACACCAGUUGGGCCAGCCCUCCCCCAAAGUUGCCGCCGGCCCCAGUCAGGCCCGAUAUGAGGCCCAGGGCCCGUCGGGAGACAAAGGGGAUGAUGCCGUGGCCCCGCAGGCGGACUGUGCCCCCAUCGAGAAGAGGAGCAUGGAAAGUACUGCCAGGGGUAGGGACUCCGCCUUCCCCAGCCAGAUGCAGAAGCUGCCCCCCAGGGUUUGGAACACCCACAGUACCCACAAGCGGCCACGCAUCCCGAAUCGCCGGGCAGCCAUGUCAGAGGCGUAG